UGGACACAGGCAUACCUACAUACACAUAUACAUAGAUAGUAUAUGUUUAUUCAUAUUUUACUGUAGCAGCAUAAGAAACGAUUUGGGAUUUCGUCUACCAAUUUCUCAAGUCAGUGAAGCGUCGGUUGUGUUGUUGUUGUUGUUUAAUUGGCCCAGCCACAAAAGAAAUAAUAUAUAAGCAUACGAAAAAAAAAGUAUCUCAAGUGUGUGAUUGUGAAAGUUCUUGCCGAAAAAAGUAUAAAGCAAAAAAAUGUAUAUGAAACGAGCGCUGCUUCUGCUGGCGUUGCUCUGCGCACAGCCGUUUGGCCAUAUGGCCGAAGAGGAGGAGUCGAAUCCAUUGCUGGAUAUGGCCUCUGUCUUUAUUCAGGAGGCAUUGUCCAAUAGUGGUGGCGGCGGCGGUGGAGGCGGUGCGGCCGGCGGCGGUGGCGCUGGGUUGGCUGGAGUGGCAUCCCUAAUCGGCAGCUUUAUGCAGGCCAACGGCAAAGCUGGUGGAGGCGGUGGUGGCGGUGGAGGAGCCGCCAUGCAAAUCCUUUCGGGCCUGGGCAGCAUGCUGGCUAACAAUGCACGUGGCGGCAAUGGAGGUGCUGAUGGCGGUGGCUUCGAUCCAUCCAUCAUUGGCAAUGUCCUGGAGAUGUUCACCCAAGGCGAUGAUGAGGAUACUGGUGAUGCGCAGAAGCGCAGCAGUGGUGGUAGCGGCGGCGGCGUCGGCGGCGGUGCUGGCGCUGGCAUUGGCCUGGACACCAUUCUGCAAGUGGCAUCCGCUUUCAUGGGCAACCAAGGCGCUCCCGAAAAGCCCGCCAAUCUUCCACAUCAGAAGCAAAAGAGAGCCGUCAAGGAGGAGGAACCAGAGACGGAGAAUGGGUUCAUGAACCUGUUGCCACUAAUCAUGCAGGCAGUCAGCUCCUUUGCCGGACCCGAGGGCCAGCACACACAGGAGCGCCACAAGAGCCAUGCAUGGGUCCUGCCACCAUUCCUGGAGCACGUGCACGUGCUGUGGGAUCAUUUCUCCAACUCCGAGCUAGCGGAUGCACUGUACGAAAAGUCGGGCGUCAACAAGAUAAUGAAGGGCUUCAAGGGUCGCGAUGGCAAAGUCGAUUACGAUAAACUGUUCGAGUCACUGAAUAAUCAAUCCUUCCGUCGUCGCUGGAUUAAAUCGGCCACUUUGUAUUUGGCUGACUGGGCCAGCUAUAUAGCCAAUCCGGAAAACUAUCUCAGAUACUUCCAGACGGCGCAAAUCAUGUUUAACGGUCUAUUGAAGUCUCAAGGUUAUCCCAAGCAAACCUAUUUCGAUCCGGCACGCCCCAGCGAAACCAUUUCAAAUCUCUUGAACCACGUGGCCAAACACCAUUUGAAUGUGAAAAUUGAUUCGCGUCAAUACGUGAAACCAGCUGUUGGCUAUGCUAAGGAGCUGCUCAAACUGGGCCAAGCACGUGGUUUGCUGCAGUUCAAUGCCACCGAGAUCAGCGAUCGAUUGACGGAUACGCUCAACCUAGAGGUUAUCGAACCGGUGCUAAAAGUCCAUCGCGCCUACAGAUUCAUCUCCAAGUCGCCGCAAUGCGAUCGCUAUGUGCUUUGUGAGCUAAAUGCAGCCGCUCUCGAACAGCAACAGCAGCAGGAAUCGAAGAAAUCGACGAAGACAACGGCCGGCGGUCUCAUUGCCGGCGUUAGUCCGAAAAUUGUUAAGAUCGGCAGCAUGGGUGCCGCGAUCUUCAUUAGCACUGAAACCGGUACACCAUUCUGGACGCUGUUCGGUGUAAUCAAUGCGCCAUAUAAUUGCGAGGCUAAAUACCCCGUCGACUGCAACGGCUUCCACGAGGGCGAGGCCAAGGUGACCACGGAAUACGUGCACAACGAGCUGUAGUUGCCCCAAACUACCAACGACGACUGCUAAGCGUGCUUAUUAGAAUGAUAUAGAUGUAGUUGAAUCAAAAAU